AUGGAGGAAGCCAACAGGCUAAAGGAUAAGAUCUCUUCUCAAUUCUUAAAUUCAGUUAAAGCCAACUUGGUUGAAUCUUCUAAUGUUUCCAAAUACAAGUUCAAGAACAAAGGGGAGCAAAUUGCAAGGGAUAAAAAGCUCAAAAGAACAAAGAGGAAAGAUAGGAAAGAUCAAAUGGCUACCCCACAAGCCAGCCUUGUAGAGACGAAUGACAUCGUUGCCGCUGUGGUUGUGGAAGCAAAUCUGGUAGAGAACAAAUGCGACUGGAUUCUUGACACAGGARCGUCCAGACAUUUCUGCUCGAACUGUGACCUCUUCCAUGACUUUCAGGACUCUGUUGAUGUCCAAAAAACUGCAAAGGUYAUUUGGGACAUGUUAGAGUCUAAAUAUGAUGGAGACGAUGCAGRCAAAAGGAAGUACGUCGUCGGUAAAUGGCUACAAUUUCAAAUGUCGGAYGACAAACUUGUGAUGGAUCAGGUUCAUGAGUACGAGAACCUGGUGGCAASUGUGUUGUAUGAAGGCAUGAAGAUGUGCGAGAUUCUUCAGGCCAAUGUGUUGCUUGAGAAAUUUCCUCCUUCCUAG